AUGCAAAAUGGAACUCAAAAAAUCCUUCUGCUGCUAGUCAUAAACGAUCGUAAUGACUCGUUUGGUAAUCGUGGAGGAGCUUACGGUAUGACAUUGUCAUCACUAUCCAAUUGUUUCAACUUUUUGUGGGUAUGUAUGGCACGAUUACGGACCGUUUACUACAAUAUUGCUCUCAAAAUAAAUGCAAAACUUGGAGGAGUAAAUCAGGCUGUUCUUUUCAAGAAUGAAACUCCUGAAGCAGAAGCGAAAGAUUCAGUGAUGUAUGUCGGAAUAGACGUUACCCAUCCGACUGCUAACAGUGGUAUUGACAUCUCGAUUGCUUCCAUGGUGGCAAAUUUUGACUUGGCUGCUACGAGGUAUACCAAUGAGAUUUUUGCGCAGAUGAAAGGCAAGGAAACGGUCGAAUGUUUUGAGAGGCAGUUUUGUCGGCUGAUGACUAAAUUUCACGAGGUAUGUUUUAAGUAUGACAACGGCUUUGGAAAGGGAUAUCGGAAGAGAGACCAACAUAUGAUGGUCUCCCUGUAAAA